UUUGAUAUUGUGCAAAAAUCUGAUAAAUGACGCUUAAAUAUGUUAAUAUAAUGUUACUAUCAAAUAUGUUUAUAGCUGGAAAUCGAGUCGAAAAUGGCGGUCGCCAAUCUUUUAACGCUGAUGCUGAUGAAAAUUUUGAUAUUCCUCCCGACGAUGACUUAAAUGACCAGGAAAUGCAAGAUAUUAAUGAUCUCCUGGAGGAUCCUCCAAAUCAAAACCUUCAACAAAUUGGUUUACCUAAUUUAAACCAGCAACGUCAACGCAAUGAAUUUGGAGGAUGGCGACUGGGAGACCAGGGUGUCCUUGGAGCUGCAAGACCAAACCAGGGUCAGCGAAUGCGUGCACAAAAUGCUGUUGACCUAGUGAGACAAGAUGUAGUUCCAAGACCGAGAGAAAAUAGAAACGCAGAUGCUGUAGGGAAUCAAGGUCGGCAAAACAAUAGAGCUAAUAGAGGGCAAGCUCAAGCGAAUAGAAACCAAGUUAGACAUAAUGCUGGAGGGAAUCAAAUUCGACAAGACAAUAGAGCUAGAGGAGGGCAACCUCAAGCAGAUGAUAACCAAAUUAGAAAUAAUUCAAACCGUGGCUCAAGAGGCAUAAGAGCUGGUCAGAACCGCAGGAGAGCUCCUCGAUUAAAUCCCUAUCAACGAGAUCUACAAAAUGUUGCUCAAUAUUUUGUUGAAGUGGCCCUUUCGUGCACCUCCCGCACAAGGGCAAAUCUUCAAAGAGAGAGAGAAAUGAGAGAAAGAGAAGAAGAGGAUGACCAAAAGUCAUCGUAGAUUUAAUUUUUUAAUAUUUUAUUUGUUCUGACAUCUGACAAUCAUAGAUUAAAAUUCCCUCUUUUAGUUUUUUAAAAGAUUGAAAUCUACGUAAAGAGAUUAAUCUUUUUAUUUUUUUAUGAUGAUCAACAGGCAAUUAGCCUUUUCAAUUAUUUAAAUGUUUGCAACAAAUGUAAAUCUAAGAUGGAAAUCUGAAA